GGUGGAAGCGUAAAGUAAACGUUCCCUGUUCCCGUCAUCUCAUCAGUCGUUACGUUGUUGUGUCUGCAGACUGACAGUGGCGGCCACGGAGGGAAGAAGAGUAUCGUCUUUGUGGAGAAGUCAACAGCCCUCAACAACAGAAUGCCCUUGACAACCAACAACAGAGAUGGCCCUGCAGUGGUAGAGACGCCCCUGUACGAUGACGUAGACGGCCAACCCAAGAGCCAGGAGCGUCUCCUUGACUACGACAUGGUGCUCUGCACAGCCUGUGACGUCAACGGCUCCCCGCGCGGCCAUUUUGUCAUGAAGAACGCUCUGGCGUCUUUGCUGGAGGAAGGUCUCGAGGUGCCAUUCACAACUGGAGUUCUGGGGUUCAAAUCCGAAGUCCCUACCAGUGUGGAGCGGUACAGAGGUAGCAGCCCGGCCAGUCGGCUCGUGCCUGAUGUGUCCACGUUCAAACCCAUCUCCUGGAUGUGUCAGGACGGUCGUAAGGUAAAAGACGUGUGUAACCACCUCCACAUGAUGGGGGAGCAGAAGAUGUUGUACCAGCAAAUGACAGAUCUCAUCGCUUCCGGCGUUCCCAUAGAAACCUUUAUGAAGGAGUAUGGGCCGGGGCAAAUUGAGUUCUCCAUGGAGCCGCAGUACGGAAUCAAAAUGGCGGACGUGACCCACCGGCUGAGGUACCUGGCGAAGUCUGUGUGCAAGAGGUCAGGGUUCGAGCCCAGCUUCAUGACUCGGCCACAGAGCGAGUUCGUGAGUAGCGGCUACCACUUCAACCACUCACUCUGGACUCUGGACGGCAG